AUGUGGGUGGUGCAUAUAUGUCUAGAGGGGGGAUUCUUCUACAAAUCAGUAUAUGCAAGAGGAGGAGGGUGGGGAUCCCUCAGACAGGGUACGGGGGCAGGGGUUGAGAAUUGGUUUGGGUCUGUUAACUCAAAGCUCGGACUCUUUUAA